AUGUCGCCGCCCGCUGCGCCCCUGAGCCAAGACGCGUGCCGCGUGUGCGGCAACGAGGACGACGAGGAGUUCUUAGUGCUCUGUGACGGCUGCGACCGCGCGUUCCACACGGCCUGCCACCAGGGCUGCACGUGCUGCCGGACAAAGCCGCGCAACAACUUUGCGCGCAAACCGCCGGUGCCCGAGGGCGACUGGUUCUGCAAGUUCUGUGCCGGCCGAAUCCCUCUCCUCGCCAGUGGGCAUCCGCCCGUGUCGUCGGUUUUUGGAUGGGGCGACAACGAAGAUGGGCAGCUGGGUCUUUCGGACCAAGCAGAGACCAAGGUGGUCUGGAGCCCGACAAAAGUGCAUGCGCUCGAUGGCAUUGGGAUCCUCGACAUUGCUUGCUCCGAAACGAGCACGUUUGUGCUGUGCAACGACGCAAACUUGUACUCGGUAGGAACGGGACUGUGCGGCCAGUUGGGCCACCAGGAUGUUGUCCACGAAAAGCUGUCGCACUUUCGUUUGCUGGAAUCCAUAACGGAAGAGAAACGGUCCAAGGGCGAAGGACGGUUCUCGCAGAUCCAUGCAGGCGCUCAGUUUGGUCUGGUCGUCACGACCGCAGGUCAUGUCUACACGUGGGGAAACGGCGAGCUUGGGCAGCUAGGCCAUCAAGAGAACAAGAACAAGAAAGUGCCCAAGAAGAUUUCUGCCUUGAGGGAACUUGAAGUGCCCGUCGACCUGGUUGCAUGUGGAAGUGACUUUGUCAUCAUGACAACGAAGGACUCUGGCGAUGACCGCCAGUUUAACACAAAAAAGCCGGGUGUGUUCAUGAGCAUGGGGUCGAACACCCACGCGCAAUUAGGCGAUGCGUCCAACAAGAACCAGUGGGUCCCGCAGCUCCUCAACAACGACGCCCCGGACGUCACUGGUGAGGACAAUGCGGAUAUUGAAGAGCCUGCUGAGUUCUUGCUAGGUCGAGACAUUACGCAGCUGGCUGCGGGUGGAUCGCAUGCUGUCGCUGUCGUUGCUGGCACAAAGGGAAUUUGGACGUGGGGCUAUGGAGACCGUGGUCAAGUCGGGCACGCCAAGUCGGUCUCUCCUCCAGGCGAGUCGAAGUUCUUCCGCUCGCAGUUUCGUGUACCUCGACCGCGUUUUGUCCAGACCUUUCGUAACGAUACGGUCACGUCCGUUGCGUGCGGUGCGCAGCACACGCUCGUGCUCUUGCAGGACGGGCGUCUGUUUGCAAUGGGUGACAACGAGUUUGGUCAGCUUGGCACGAAGCGCGGCGAAGAGACCGAGACGAGUUGCACGUCAACGCCUGUGCGCGUCGCGGGCUUUGGCUCGGACACGAGCGUCAAGCAAAUCGGCUGUGGCCACGACUUCUCGAUGGCGCUCACGACCUCCGGCGAAGUGUACUCGUGGGGCCGCAAUCAGCUCGGCCAGCUCGGUCUCGGUGACCCGCAGCCUCGUUGCAUCGACAGGCCGACCAAGGUGACGGAGCUCCCACGGAUUGAGAAACUGGCCGUCGGCGUGAAUCAGGUCUUUGCCAUCGAGUUUACCGACGUGACGCUCCCGCCUCCACUCGUUCGCGCAGGAUCUGGCAAGAGGUCCCAGUCGAGCCGUACGAACGUCAGUAAUAGAAAGAAGAGUCGAACGUAA